AAUUGCCCUUGGUUUCAUCACAAUUUCAUACCCAAACAACAACCUCAUCUCCCUACCUUCCAAUUCUCCCCAACCGGCCGCCCCAAAACUAAGCCGACCAAUCUCAGCCACCUCGUGUUCGGCUUGCUCGCCUCCGAAAAGGCCUGGCCCAACCGAAAAUCGUACAUCGAGUCGUGGUGGCGGCCCAACUCCACCCAUGGCUUCAUCUUCCUCGACAAACCCUCGGGGCCCAACCUCCUGCCCUGGCCCGACACCUCCCCUCCCUACCGCGUCUCGGACGAUUUAACAAAAUUACUCAACAAGACCAAUAUCCGGGCCCAGAGGAUGGUGCACGGGAUAAUGGAAGUCGUGAGGGAGGUAGAAUUAGUUGACGAUAAAGAAGACGAUUUCAGAUGGGUGGUGAUGGGGGAUGACGACUCGAUUUCCUUCGUUGACAAUAUGGUCGACGUGCUUAGUAAGUACGACCACGAGAGGUAUUACUAUCUCGGUGGGAAUUCGGAGAGUAUAGUGUCGAAUAAUCUGUUUUCGUUCGACCAGGCUUUUGGCGGGGGUGGGAUAAUUCUGAGCCGAAAGCUGGCGAAAGCCCUGGCUCGGGACAUGGAAAGUUGUCUCAAGAGGUACGUCGAUUUACGUGGCGAUAUAUCUGGCUUGUUAUCAUCCCACUCCCUGUCCCCACUCUUGUCCCUCCACCACUUUGACAAGGUGGGCCCCAUCUUCCCCAACAUGGUCCGCCACCUGUCCACACGCCACCUCAUGAAGGCAGCUGGCGCCGGGCAGUCCCGCCUCCUCCAGCAAACUAUUUGCCACAACAGGUUGACUAACUGGACCUUCUCCAUCUCCUGGGGCUACUCGGCCCACAUAUACGAGAACAUCUUCCCCAGGAGCUACCUUCAAAGGCCCAUUGAGACAUUUGGGCCGUGGCUAGCGGGCUCAAAGCCCCCGUUCUACUUGUUCAACACAAGGCCACGCUCGCGGGACCCAUGCUUGGCUCCCCACGUCUUCUUCUUCGAGUGGGUGAUGCAGAGCCCACAUGAUGAGGUUCUCACCAGCUAUUCCCGAGCGUGGCCACGUGGCAUGCCGGCCUGCUCAUCCACGGCCAAUCGUUCGGCGAAUUACGUGCAGCAGAUUCAAGUCUUCUCGCCUGCCGUUAAACGGACUCGGGUGGAUAGAUGUGAGUGUUGCGGCAUUAUUCGAGUCUACAGCAUUGUGGCAGAGAUCAGAAUUAGGGAGUGCUCAACAGAUGAAAUAAUCGCUUAACUAAAUACCGGCUUAUUUACUCGCGCGAUUUACUAUAUAUGCAUAUUUUCGGAUUUAACUCUGUGUACAUAAAAUGCAUAAAAACAUAUUGAGAAUUUGAAGCAUUAUAUCUUUUUGUCAUGCGGUUCGUAACAAUGGUCUGUUACAAAUAUUUU